AUGCUAUAUUGGUAUUCAGAUGAAAGCGAAAAUUGUUGUUCGACUCACCUCAUAGAUGGGGAUGGUGUUUUCAAUGCUGCUGGAAUUGAUAAAUUCAUGAAGGAAGUUAAACUUGCCGAAUGUGGCCUUUCUUAUGCUGUUGUAGCUAUAAUGGGUCCUCAGAGUAGCGGAAAGAGUACAUUGUUGAAUAACCUGUUUGGGACUAAUUUUAAGGAAAUGGAUGCUUUUAAGGGAAGGUCUCAAACCACAAAAGGUAUAUGGUUGGCACAUUGUGUUGGGAUCGAACCUUGCACUCUUGUAAUGGAUUUGGAGGGUACUGAUGGAAGAGAACGAGGAGAGGAUGAUACUGCAUUUGAAAAACAGAGUGCUCUUUUUGCCCUUGCCGUAUCAGAUAUAGUGCUCAUAAAUAUGUGGUGUCAUGAUAUUGGCCGUGAGCAAGCAGCAAACAAACCUCUGCUGAAAACCGUGUUUCAAGUUAUGAUGAGAUUAUUCAGUCCACGCAAGACAACUUUGAUGUUUGUCAUUCGCGAUAAAACAAGGACACCUCUUGAAAACUUGGAACCCGUUCUAAGGGAAGACAUUCAGAAGAUAUGGGAUUCUGUACCUAAACCGGAAGCUCACAAGGAAACUCCACUUAGUGAUUUUUUCAAUGUUGAAGUUGUUGCACUCUCAAGUUAUGAAGAGAAGGAAGAACAGUUUAAAGAGCAGGUGGCUAGUUUAAGACAACAAUUUUACCAUUCUAUUGCCCCCGGUGGGCUUGCUGGGGAUAGGCGUGGUGUUGUUCCUGCUUCAGGCUUUUCUUUCAGUGCACAACAGAUAUGGAAGGUUAUUAAGGAGAAUAGGGACCUCGAUCUUCCCGCUCACAAGGUCAUGGUUGCUACUGUUCGAUGUGAAGAGAUAGCUAAUGAAAAAUUCUCCGCCUUCAUUGAAAAUGAGGAAUGGCGACAGUUGGAAGAGAUGGUACAAUAUCAGAUAGUGCUAGGGUUCGGGAAGAAGCUCACCUCUAUUCUCGAUGUUUGUCUAUCCGAGUAUGAUGCAGAGGCAACAUAUUUUGACGAAAGUGUCAGAUCUACAAAGCGGAAACAAUUGGAAGAGAAACUUUUGCAACUUGUCCAACCUGCAUAUCAAUUCAUGUUGGGACACAUACGCUCGGGAACCUUGGAUAAAUUUAAAGCAGCCUUUGAAACUGCAUUGAAUGAAGGGAAAGGAUUUUCAGCUGCUGCAAGUGAUUGCAUGGAAUAUUUUAUGUCACAGUUUGGUGAAGCAGCUGCAGGUGCUGACAUUGACCAAGCAAACUGGGACUCAUCGAAAGUAAGGGAAAAACUUAGGCGUGAUAUAGAUGCACAUAUUGCUGAUGUUCGGGAGGCCAGGCUCUCUGAACUCACAUCAAUAUACGAGAAAAAACUAAACGAGGCAUUAUCUGAACCAGUGGAGGCUCUGCUAGAUGGAGCUAGUGAUGACACGUGGCCAGCAAUUAGAAAACUUUUCAGACGCGAGACUGAAACUGCAGUUACUGGAUUUUCCAAAGAACUUUCUGGAUUCGAAAUGGAUGAGGUGACAAAGAAUAAAAUGCUCUCGAGGUUGGAGGAUUAUGCUAGAGGAUUAGUAGAAGCCAAAGCUAAGGAAGAAGCAGGAAGGGUCUUGAUCCGUAUGAAAGACAGGUUCUCAACAAUGUUUAACAAUGAUUCUGACUCGAUGCCACGAGUCUGGACUGGGAAGGAAGACAUACGAGCAAUCACCAAAACAGCACGUUCUGCUUCUUUGAAGCUAUUAUCUAUCAUGGCUGCUGUUCGUCUGGAUGAUUUUGCGGAUAAUAUUGAGCGUACAUUAUCACUUGCUCUUGCGGACCCCAAAACUGCAGCCUCUACUAAUAGAGGUAUCUCAAUCGACCCGCUUGCUUCAAGCAGUUGGGAUGAGGUUCCCUUAUCGAAAAGCUUGUUAACACCAGUCCAGUGUAAAUCUCUAUGGAGGCAGUUUAAAGCCGAGACAGAAUAUACUGUUAGUCAAGCCAUUGCUGCUCAGGAGGCCAGCAAGCGAAACAACAACUGGUUGCCACCUCCAUGGGCAAUUGUCGCUAUACUUGUCUUGGGAUUUAACGAGUUUAUGACCCUUUUGAGAAAUCCUUUGUAUUUGUGCGUCAUUUUCGUCGGUUUCCUGCUUAUGAAAGCUCUUUGGGUUCAACUCGACAUAUCCGGUGAAUUCCGCCAUGGAUUUUUAGCUGGAAUCUUAGCAUUAUCCACAAAGUUUUUGCCAACUGUCACGAACCUUCUAAGGAAACUAGCCGAAGAAGGCCAAACCAAACGGCAUGCUAAUACUGAAACUCCUCAGAAGCCUCGAGUUCAAGAAAAGAGCUUCGAAAGUGCUUCAAACGAGCAUACUCGUUUAUCAUCAACAGCUUCGUCUGAGGUCACUUCAUCAGAAAACAGCAACGAGUACUCGAGUCCCAAUCGGAAAACACAGUAA